AUGAUGCACGAGCGUGUGCCAACGAGCUUCGAAGUCACGGGCAAUAACAAAUACAGCCUUCAGCUAGCCCGAUGGUUUCUGAUACCAAUCGGCGCCUGGCCGCAACUGAGCACCGCGACGAAAACGCGGAAACUACUCUCGCACGUGCACGUGCUCGCUAGCUCGUUUUUCGUUGCGGUCAUUAUGGUGCCGUGUAUCCUAUACGUGACAAUGGAAGAAAAGGAUAAUGAGAUAAGACUAAAUACCAUAGGUCCGUUGAGCCACUGGAUCAUGGGUAUAAUUAAAUACAUCUUACUUAUUGCGCACGGCGACAACAUUCGCAAGUGCGUGCGACACAUGGAAACCGACUGGCGGCUUGUACGUAAGAUCGAAGAUCAACGUGUGAUGCUGCGAUACGCCAAAAUCGGUCGUUAUGUCACCGGUUUCUGCGCGGUGUUCAUGCAGUGCGGUACGUUGCUCUUCGUCGUCGGCAAGUCGCUGUCGACCACGAUCAUUGUCAUUGGUAACGAGACCGUCUCGGUGCAUCCGAUGGCCUGUCAGACUAUCCACAGCUUCGUCGACACGCGGUACAGUCCUGGGAACGAGAUUAUGGCGAUCACACACGUAUUGUCGUGCCUUGUAGUAAAUGCUAUCGCGGUGGGCGCAUGCAGUCUAGACGCGAUCUUCGCUAUACACGCGCACGGUCAGCUGAACGUGCUGUUUUCGUGGCUGCGCGAUCUCGUGAGCAACGAUAAGAAGAGCAACGUUGAGCAACAGCUGGCCGUUGUCGUGGAGCAUCACUUGAGGGUGCUAAGUUUUAUAUCACGUAUAGAAUCUAUUAUGCAACAUAUUUCUCUUGUGGAAUUGCUGGGAUGUACGAUGAAUAUGUGUUUACUCGCAUAUUAUUUUAUUACGAAUAUUGAAACGUUUGACGGGGCGAAAACAAUGUCGUAUGUUAUUGUAUAUGUAUCUAUAACUUUCAAUAUGUUUAUACUUUGCUACAUCGGUGAGCUUCUCACAGAACAGUGUAAAAAUGUCGGCGAAAAAGCGUAUAUGGUCAAUUGGUACGAGUUACCACCCAAAACGGCUCUCGGAUUUGUUUUAAUAAUAGCACAGUCGAAUAAUGUUGUCAAAUUAACUGCUGGAAAAUUUUUUCAUUUGUCAAUUGCAACUUUCGGUGAUGUAAUUAAGACUUCUAUGGUGUACUUGAAUAUGUUACGAACAAUGGCUCCGUCUGCAACAAAUUAA